AUGCGCACCGUGGUGCGGGGCGACAACAAGCUGCCUGUGUACAUCAACAACAAGGACGUGAUGAACCUGAUUGUGGUGAACGAGAGCAAGCUGCGCCGUGACAGCGUGCUGCCCAAGCUGCCGCUCAUCACUGCCACGUUGACCCUGCGGUACAGAGACGUCGACCUGCUGGCUCACAUCGAGAAGGACAUCACGGAGUACCUUAGCUCCCACCCCGAUGUGGACCAGGCCAUUACUGCCCGCUGCGUGCUGGCUGACUUCACUACCACGGGGCCGCAGCUGGCGCUGCGGGCGCUGCUGCGGCGCCAGGUGGCGCCCCGGCAGGCCUUUGUGCUGUCCGAGCUGCUGCGGGGCGCGGAACAGAUUGUCAGGGCACACGGUGGCUACCUGGCAAUCGAGGAGCUGUACAGCCAUGACCUGCCCCCCAGCCCUCCCCCGGCCAUGGCCGCCACCGUGACGCGCGCGCUGACAAACGGCGGCGGCGGCGGCGGCGGCACGGCGGGCUCCCCGCCGCUGCCGUCCAGCUUCAGCAGCAGCCAGUCGACGGACUCGGUCUGA